GCGCUGCGGUCGUUUCUCGCCUCUCCGGACGACAGCAGGCGGAGCCCUUGGGAAGCGCUAGCUCUGGCGGAUACCCCCGGAUCCGGUAGAGCUCGGUCAGUGCGUAGCCCUCCUCUCUCCGGUAAAACCUCCCCUCCUUUACGCACGCUCCCUCCCGGAAAAGAAAAAGGACAGAACGAACCUCUAAAACGGCCUUACCUCCUCCCCCUCUUCCUGGGGGAGCUAAAGCUGGAAGUACCGUUCUGUGAUUCACUGAAAAGAGGGAGGAGGCAGCAGAGAAUUCCAACUGCCAAAACUGAGUAAGUUAGCUGACCCAACGCACGCAGUUUGCAGGAACCUCCGCCGGGUGCACCAACUCCGUGGAGACCUAGUAGGCUCCGCGUGGAGUGACCACGAGAUCAGGAACCCUGCUUCGGUCCCCACGCGCUUCAGCGGCCGGGAGAGAAGGAAUCGCUGCCCGAAGGUCCAGCGGAGAAGAGGGUGUUUAGCUGUAGAGGGAGGUCAAGAAAGUGGCCUUUUUUUUUUCCCCCCCUCUUCAUGAGUAUCGGGAAGAUUCGCAAACGCCUCGGAGAGAACAGGGAAAAAUACAGAGCCCUGGAAAAGUGGAUGGGGCAGCUUGUCCACUCCGGAUAGUUCGUUAUAUGCAGGGCGAGACGCAGCGACUGAACUUCCCACAGCUUUCCAGGUGAGGGGCCGCUGGACUCCGUGCUGAUCCCACACCAGCCGUGCGUGUGCGCCCAGAAUAGCCGCGUUCCCCAACGUCGAGGGCUUUCUGGCUCGAGAAGGUCCUUCCCUAUGUGAUUCUCAAUUCUUACCUGAUUGUUUUCUCUUGAGAACUUUUUGGUGGGGACACUAACUUUUAUUGUGGAAGCUGCUCUGGGGAGCCAGAAGGAAGAGGAGGGAGGAAAGGGAAAUUUGAUGGAGAAAAGUGACUCCUCCUUGCUUUCCUGACACCCCAUUUCUUAAGCCAUCACUUCUAGAAAAGGAAGAUUAAAGUUGUUGGACUUGAUAGCAGCUGAGAGGAGCGCAAGACUUCUUUCCGGGUGGAGACUCUCUAACUCCUGUUCCGUCUACCCCUCCUGCGUGCAUGUCUGCGCUGGCGGCGGCGCGGGGUGCGUGGUUCUGCGCGUGGAGCCUCAGCUGGCACCCGAGUGAAUGGCUCCAGGGGGCUGCGCCGGACGGUCGCCUGCGCCGCCUCCGCGGGCCUGGGCCUGGCCCGGAAAGAUGCUAGCCAUGGGGGCGCUGGUAGGCUUCUGGAUCCUUAGCCUCCUUACCUACGGUUACCUGUCGUGGGGCCAAGGCUUGGAGGAGGACGAGGAAGGGGCCAUGAAAGCUCAAGCUGGAGAGAGACCACAGCCCAGCACAACUGCCGCUUCCCAGCCCCAUCUCAUUUUCAUCCUAGCUGAUGAUCAGGGAUUUCGAGAUGUGGGUUACCACGGUUCAGAGAUCAAGACUCCCACUCUUGACAAGCUCGCUGCCGAAGGGGUUAAACUGGAGAACUACUAUGUCCAGCCCAUUUGCACACCAUCCAGGAGUCAGUUUAUUACUGGAAAGUAUCAGAUACACACAGGACUUCAACAUUCUAUCAUAAGACCUUCCCAACCCAACUGUUUACCUCUGGACAAUGCAACCCUACCUCAGAAGCUGAAGGAGGUUGGAUAUUCAACACAUAUGGUUGGAAAAUGGCACUUGGGUUUCUACAGAAAAGAAUGCAUGCCCACCAAAAGAGGAUUUGAUACCUUUUUUGGUUCCCUCUUGGGAAGUGGUGAUUACUACACACACUACAAAUGUGACAGUCCUGGGAUGUGUGGCUAUGACUUAUAUGAAAAUGACAAUGCUGCCUGGGACCACGACAAUGGCAUAUACUCCACACAGAUGUACACUCAGAGAGUACAGCAAAUCUUGGCUUCUCAUAAUCCCAGAAAGCCUAUAUUUUUAUAUAUUGCCUACCAAGCUGUUCACUCGCCGCUUCAAGCCCCCAGUAGGUAUUUUGAACACUACCGAUCCAUUGUCAACAUAAACAGGCGGAGGUAUGCUGCCAUGCUUUCCUGCUUAGAUGAAGCAAUCAACAAUAUAACCCUGGCUCUCAGGACAUAUGGUUUCUAUAACAAUAGCAUUAUCAUUUACUCUUCAGAUAAUGGCGGCCAGCCCACGGCAGGAGGAAGUAACUGGCCUCUCAGAGGUAGCAAAGGAACGUACUGGGAAGGGGGGAUCAGGGCUGUUGGCUUCGUGCAUAGCCCACUUCUGAAAAACAGGGGGACAGUAUGUAAGGAACUUGUGCACAUCACUGACUGGUACCCCACUCUGAUUACACUGGCAGAAGGGCAGAUUGAUGAGGACGUUCAAUUGGAUGGCUAUGACAUAUGGGAGACCAUAAGUGAAGGCCUUCGUUCUCCUCGAGUGGAUAUUUUGCACAACAUUGACCCUAUAUACACCAAGGCAAAAAAUGGCUCCUGGGCAGCAGGCUAUGGGAUCUGGAACACGGCAAUCCAGUCAGCUAUCCGAGUGCAGCACUGGAAACUGCUCACAGGGAAUCCUGGCUACAGUGACUGGGUUCCCCCUCAGUCAUUCAGCAACCUGGGGCCAAAUCGGUGGCACAAUGAACGAGUUACGUUGUCAACUGGCAAAAGUGUAUGGCUUUUCAACAUCACAGCCGACCCGUAUGAGAGAGUGGACCUAUCUAACAGAUACCCUGGAAUCGUGAAGAAGCUUCUGCGGAGGCUCUCACAGUUCAACAAAACCGCAGUACCUGUCAGGUACCCCCCCAGAGACCCCAGAAGUAACCCUCGGCUCAAUGGGGGAGUCUGGGGACCAUGGUAUAAAGAGGAAAACAGGAAAAAGAAACCAAGCAAACAUAAGGCUGGGAAAAAGAAGAAGAAAAGUAAGACAAAGAAGAAGACACCGCGCAAAGCAGCCUCAUUUGCAAACUGCCAUCCAGGUGUUGCUGUCGGAUAAGUACCAUUUUUUCCUUUUGGUUAAACCUACAUCAGUUCUUACCCUUUUACCUGCUUUUCCUGCAAGCCAGUAAAUUUAGGUCAAUAAUAUCACUGCCAUAAGCCUCAGACUUGUUUUCAUGUUGUGCCACUCCAGAGAUUCUACCACCUGGCUGCCUCACAGAGAACCAUUCCGCUCAGUGCCAAAGAUGCUACUUACUCUUAUGAGCCACGCUUACAGGACGGAGAUGCUUAUUUCUCUUGCUUCUUCAUAAAAGGUGGUCAAUAAUGAGUUCAACUGCUGUGCUUCAGUUAAUUGAUCAAACACUAUGCCUUAAAUUAUAAGAGGGGACUAUAACUUAUAGUCAACAAACAUGCUGAUUUGAUGGAAGUUACAGGGUAACAUGAGUAAAUUACCUUGGAUGAAACAUAGACAAAGUUCUGUUACUUCAGAGGCUGAGAAAAAUAUAUUUUCUUAGUAAAUUUUUGUAUCUCUCUCAUGUUAAAAAAUAGUGUCUUAAAUUAAUCCUAUUUCAUGUAUCAUUUCCUGUGAAAAUAAGCUGUUUUUCUCACAUGUGAACAGCUUGCCCUUCAUUUUAUCAUGUAUGAGGGAAUGGCAAAUAAGAAUGUUUGAGCACACUGCCAAAGGAAAAAAAAAUGAAUGUAGCUAUUUUCUAAACACUUUAAUAGAAUGACAUUUCAUAAAGGACAUAAUUUAUUUUUGCAGAAAAAUUAAUUAUUUUGUUAUAAAGAUCUAUUGUUGACUUUUUAAUUUUAUUUUUACUUUCUGCAUACUAUUAGAAGAAUUUUAUUUCAUAUCUUCAAGAUUUACCAAGCACUGUAAUGCUACAAGUUACUGUAAGACUCUGUGAAUUUGUAAAAUAUAAAAAGAAAAUUAUUCAGAAACAAUUACAGUUGUCAUUGUUUAACAAUUAUUUUGAAUGUAAUAUGGUGCGUAUUUUCCUUACUAUUUACUUGGAAACUCAGUAUUUGUGCAGAGUUGAGACAACAUUUUGCAUCUUUCAAAUAAACUUUUAUUUAUGUAUCUAUGAAAAAGAUUUAUUUUAUGGGACUAGCAAAUUUACCGACUUUUCUGAUUUAACUUAUAGAUCAAAUUAUAUUAUGCAUCUUAAAAAACAAAAAUUAUGUAGAAAGGCAUUUGAAGUUAUGAUUUGCCUUCUGUAGUAAUAGAAUGAGGAUUUUUCAAAUAAGAGUUGUUUCUUCUUGGCUACUCUAUAGAGAAAGAUGUUCACUUGUAAUUAAGAAAUAACAUUUAUAAUGACUCGAAUCCUGAAAAGAGUGGACAUUGUGGGGAGAUACCAAGAAGUGGAUGAAAUGGAUCCUGCCUGGAGUUGUGAAAAUUUUUGUUUGGAACUCACACAUGAAAGCAUCAUGCGGAGGACUGAAGUAGCAUUAUUUGCAGUGAAGUUUAUCAUAGACAUAGAUUGAAGUGGUUGGCCCUGGAGCUUCCUUUAUAACAAGCCACAGAGCUUACCCUUGAAAAAUCACAGUUUGCUAGAACUGUGAAGUUACAAUUUCACCAUAAAACUCUUUUCCAUAUUGCUGUUUUAUUUGCAGCCAAACUGAAAAUUCAGUGUCCCAUUGUCUGUAUCAGAAAAUAAUUUGUGGCUAUGGCUGUAUGUCUGGGAUGUGAGUGAAUAUAAAACAUUUUCUUCAAAUAAAGAAAAAAGUAAACAAGCAUUGGGGUGCAUUUUUACCAGUGAGAACAUCUACCAGGGCUGACAUGUUUCAUCUGAAUUUAUAUACCCUUUCCUUACUUUUUAAACAUAUUAGUGAAUAUUACAGUUUUCUUGAGCAGUUCUGUUUAUGAUACAUUUUAAUACUCCAUUUUGCAAGGUAUUUAUGAAUUUGUCAUUGGGAUUAGCUCCCUAAGCAUUUUAUUCAUAGGGUUCUUGAGCACACAAAUAGUGAAUUUGUCAGUAGCAGUCAGAAUGUAUGUCAUUGACAAGAAAGAGUUGGCUUGCCAAAAGUAGCAAACCAAAUUCUUAUAUCUUUCCUCUUAGGGAAACAGACUUAUUAAAAUUUAUUUUUUCAUUCAAGAAAUGUUUUGUAAAUCCUACUGUGUCUGGCAAUAUUUUAGAUGCUUAGGAUGCAUAGGUGAACAAAAUGGACAAAAAUCCUUGCCCUUGUGCUGCUAACAUUCCAGCUGAAUGAGGAAGACAAGAAAUAAUAAAAUAACUAAUAUGUAAAUUAUAUACCAUAUAAAGUAGUGUGAAAAAAAAGCAAGAGAAGAGCAGUGUACUGGAGGAUUCACUUAACGUCACAUCCAUCCAUUCAUUCAUUCAACGUUUGUUAAGAGCCACA